CUCCAGCAUUAGAUGCAAAGAUGGAGCAAACCUUGCCUUGCAACCACGCGAUGCCGAUAUUUUCGUUCGGCUUCGGCUGGGAGCUUUGCCUGCAUGCAUAUAUACUAGACGAUUAGCAUAUAUCGAUGCGUGCAAACUGAAACUAUUCCUCCUAGUAUCAUCCAUUCUUGGUAGAACGAUGAGCAGCCAAACAAAUCACAGUAUUACUAAUGAUCUUCUUAUGCCCUUGUGCAAGGACACAAAUAUUGACAAGUACGUCGGCAACCUCACGAGCACCUACGCCAACAAGAGCAAUGAGGCCCCCAUGGUAGCGGCCUCUGUCGUCAUGUUCCUCCUCGCCGGUCUCUUCUUUAACCUCAACCUCUUCAGCCGCUUCUCUGAUGUCAGCGCCAUCCUCAACCCCAAAGUCCGCGUCUUCCUCUCCUCGGCGCUCUCGCUCUUCCUCCCCGUCAUGUCCUACCUCUUCUCCGAAGCCAAGAAUACCGGCACGGUGAGCUCCGCUGCAGUGAGCCAGAAGUCCGACCUCUCCCUGCGGGCCGGCGUGAUCCUCGUGUGGAUGCUCCUCGUGGAGCUCCUCCGCAAGAAGGUGGACGAGAUCCACAUGCGCGGAUACUCGAGCACUAUCCAGCGCGCCGGCCGCGUCAUCUGGCUGGGGAGCCUGGUCUUCUUCAACAUCCGAAGCGCCGGUCGGAAGGCCUUCUUCGGCAUCCUUUGGGUCCUUUGCGCUGCCAAGGUGGUGCAGAGGAUCGCCUUUACGGAGGUCGGCAAGCGGUCAUAUGCCUACGGCAAGAACGCCCGGCUCAUCACCUCCUACAUGUCUCAGAGGCUGCGGCGAGAGCAGCACGACACCCGCGUCAUCGUCGAGCACACCGCCGUCGACCCGGGUGGAGACGACCUGCUGAAGAGGUCUGAGUUCAUCGUGAUGGGAGAAGAAGAGCUGAUCGUGGAAGCCACAGCCGAUGGCUACAUGCUCAAGGAGAUCUCCCCUGGUGGCACCGUCGUCACCGUCGGUAGAAUCUGGCGUGAGCUGAACAGCGCCAUAGAUCCAGACCAACGGCUCAAGAGGCUGUGCCUCUCCUUUUCGCUCUUCAAGCUGCUGCGGCGGAGGUUCGAGCACCUGCCGGUGACCCAGGCGGAGACCCAGGAGUGCCGUGACCUCAUCUUCAACGGCAUAUACAACAAGAAAGAAGAAAUGGUGGACGCGGUGUUCCAGAUGAUGAACACUGAGGUCAACUUCCUCAGUGAGUACAACCACUCCGUCAUCCCUGUCGUCUUCGCCAGCCCUUUCUUCUUCCUCGCCAACUACUUCCUGCUUCCCAUAGUAGUGCUUGGCCUGUGCCUCUUGACCGUCGUCCUCUGUGGCAACGGCGACGCGGGCUACGCCUUCCGUAAAAUCGAAACAGACAACUUCUUUAUACAAUCCGGCAUACUCCGCACAACCGCAUGCCUCCUUGUAAAAGCCAUCAGGUCGCCACCUGCAUUCUUCACUGCCGUCGACUUCUCCGUCACCUUCCUCCUCUUCAUCAUCUUCUUCUACGAGGAAAUCUGGGAGUUCAUCGUCUUCCUCUUGUCCAACUGGUUCAUGGUGUCACUGCUCUGCAACUACGUGGGUAAGCCCCAUUGGCUCAGCAGCACCACGUUCAGUGGCAUCGUCCGGCGCAUCAGAUGGGUACGGAGCAAGAUGAGGCAGCCUGCCCUUAGCUUCAGGCAAUUCUCUGUCCUCAACACUCGUUGGCCACUCCUCCUUGGCAUGCCGUCCAUGCUGUCGCUACUGCUGCGGACUGAGCUGGUGCCAAACAAAGCCAAGCAUUCCAUCAUGGAAAGCCUUGUGGCACAUAGCCUUGACAGCAGCCCUCCUCUGAGCAACGGCAAGUCUGUCCUUAUGGGGCAACAUCAGCUCUUGCCGGCGUGCGACAGCGAGAGCGUCGCCGAGGUCAUCCUCACCUGGCACAUCGCCACCAGCAUCUUCGAGGAGGCGUGCCCUCCUAACAGUAGCAGCGAGGUCAACAGGAGGGUGGCGACGAGGCUGUCCAGGUACUGCGCGUACCUUGUGGCCUUCCAUCCGGAGCUACUCCCCGACAACCCGGACAAGACGGAGAAGGUCUUCGAGGCCAUGAAGGCGGAGUUGAAGGGCAAGCUCACUUGCUGCAACUACUACUUCUCGCGGUGGCGCACAAGGGUCAGCAUGAUCGUGGACACAGAUAUGGCGGACUGGAAGGACAAGGAAGUGGUGCAUAAUGGUGCCAAGCUGGGGAAAUUGCUACAGAAAUAUGACAGUGAUCCGGAAGGAACGUGGAAGCUAUUGGCCGACGUUUGGACGGAGCUCAUCAUCUACGUGGCUCCGUCCAACGACGAGGAGCGCGUCAUGGGCCAUGAGAAGGUGCUAGUGGAGGGAGGAGAGUUCAUCACCGUGCUAUGGGCUUUGACCACUCACACCGGCAUAACCAGGCCCCGCCGAGAAACCGACUGCUGCUGAAUAGUGUUUUCUGUGUGUUUUGACCAGUGGCUUUGUGAUGUUUUGCGCCAUUGCCAGUGUCUUUUGAGCUAUGGUGUGCUUUGAUGGAGUUUGCGUGUAUUUUCCAUUUUGAUUCAAUCGACUCUCUCUUUACUGAGAGAGCCUUGCUGGGUGCAUAACUAACGGUUUCUUCUUUUGUUC